CGCCCCCAAACUGGCCAUGAGCCCGUACUGAUCGACCGAGUGGACGCGCGUAGUUUCAGUGGGAGAACUGCACACAUUGGUAAUGUGUGUGAUUAUGUCUAUAUUUGUGGCAUAGCCGUUUGUAAUAAUACACUACAGAGGGGCUCGCUGUCACUCGGUGCUGAAGUUGACGAAGGCCACACGAGUCAGCAUGACGCGGGAAGAGGACCUCGUGCGGAUCGCGAAGAAACUGGACAAGAUGGUGUCUAGAAAUAACACGGAAGGUGCUCUAGAUCUACUGAAGGAACUGAAGGGAUUCAACAUGACUCUGAAGCUGCUACAGGAUACAAGGAUCGGCAUGUCUGUGAAUGGAAUCAGGAAGCAUUGCACAGACGAGGAGGUCAUCACCCUGGCGAAAAUCCUAAUCAAGAACUGGAAAAAGCUUUUGGAAUCAACUCAUUCACAGAAGACAGACAGGCCAGGUGAUAAGAACAGGAGAGACCCCAGCAAAGCCACUGCUGGAAAGGAUGAAGGACUAGUACUCAGGCCAUCAUCGGAGAAAAAGUUAAGUCACAGAAAGCUGUCGGCUGAAACUAAACCCAUGUCAAACACUGAGAAGAAACAAAUGGGUGAAAACAGAAGAGAACAAACAGACGAGCACAUGAAAAAAUACAAACACGUGGGAAAACACAAAAAAAACCAUGAGAGGAAGAAAGUUCCUGAUCCAAGCGUUCCUAUUCCUCCUCUCCCUGUUCACUCUCCCAACUCGCCUAAACGGCCAUCAGCGGAACACAAGAAAGAGAGGAAAAUUGCUCUAGACCCCAACCUGCCUGUUCCUCCUCUUGCUCUCCACCUUCAUCCUCUACCCCUUCCCAGACGACCAUCAGUGGCAAGCAAGAAUGAGAGGAAAAACUCCCCAGAUUCAAAAGUUUUGCCUCCUAAGCGACCCAGUCAGGAUGCCAGAAAAGACAGAAAGGAAUCUAUGGACUCCAAGACUGCUCAGGCCAUGAAGCGACAUGUGACAGAAUGUAAAUCUGAGAGAGGAGACUCAGCUGACACGAAGAAUGGCAGUUGCCAACCUGCAAAGAAGCUCUCAUAUGACAGGAGGGACUCUCAAGAUCCUCAGUCCCUGAAUGCUGGGCUCCUACAACCAAAGCCUUCUACUGACAGCCGUGAUCGGGGUAAUUGCAAGUCUAAGCCUGAGACCCCAAGGACCCCCACCUCCCCGACCAGCCCCAUCUCUCCCUCUUUUAACCCCACAGGAGGGAUACUGCCCUCCCAUCUGCUGACUGGGGACUCAGUUAGGGACAAAUGCAUUGAGAUGCUGGCCACUGCAUUGCGCACUAACGAUGACUAUAUGGACUUCGGCACAAACUGUGACUCCAUGGCAGCGGAGAUUGAAGAUCAUAUCUACCAGGAGAUGAGGUCCACGGACAUGAAGUACAAGAACCGUGUGCGCAGCCGCAUCAGCAACCUUAAGGACCCCAAAAACCCUGGGCUUCGCAAGAACGUCCUGGCAGGAGUUAUAGAGCUGUGCCGCAUUGCCAGCAUGACUGCUGAGGAGAUGGCCAGUGAUGAGCUGAAGCAGCUGAGGAAUGUGCUAACACAGGAAGCCAUCCGGGAGCACCAGAUGGCCAAGACUGGGGGCACCACCACGGACCUGCUGCAGUGUGCAAAGUGCAAGAAGAAGAACUGUACCUACAAUCAGGUGCAGACACGUAGCGCUGAUGAGCCCAUGACCACCUUUGUGCUGUGCAACGAGUGUGGGAAUCGCUGGAAGUUCUGCUGAUGAAAAACCAGAUUACCAACCACAAGUCUAAUCUAAUGACGAAUUUUUCUCAGUUGAUAUUUUUGGUUUACCAUGGAGAGGGUAAAUGAUGACACUGUGUGAUUUUUACAGUAAUAGUAUUAAUUCAUACAUGGUUUUAAAACAUUUUUAUCAUUACUGCAUGUAAUCUGCUAGAUCUGAAACUUGGAUUUUUUUUGUAUAGAAUC